CUUCAAAUAUUCUCUAUAAUUUCAACGUGACAUAUAAGACAGAAGUUGAAAUAAUCAUGAAUGAAUUUUUCAAAAAAAUUUCAGUAACAAAACAUAAUGAAUCGAUUCUUCUCCACAUUGAGAAAAAUUUCACCUAAGAAACAAAUAAAUUACAGGCUAAAAUUUCUAAGAAAAAAUGAUCAUUUGAAGAAAUACUUCUGCGCAACAAAGUCUCUAAAUGGAUGUGUGUGUGAACCAUCUAAGGAAGAUAAUAAACAAAAAAUACAACCAAGAAUUCUAGAUGAAUACCUCAAUUUGAACUGCAAGACUGCAGUUGUAGUCGGUGGAGAAGACGGCAUUGGAUAUGCAGCUGCUCACGAAAUACUCUCCAGGAAAGCAAAAGUUGUCGGUAUAUUCGGAAAAAAUGUGUGCAAGGGAAUGGAGGCAUGUCAUGCAUUGAAUUGUAGAUUUGGCAAAAGGAAAGCAGUUUUCUUCGAAGUAGAUGUUACCAGUCAGAAUGACAUUGAAUGUGCCAUAUGCAAACUAACCGAAGAAUUUGAUAGAAUAGAGGCUUUCGUUCAUUCAUUUGCUAUUUUUAACGGACAAAAUUGGGAACAUGAAUUAAAUACAAAUCUGAUUGGAAUGGCCAGGUGUACAAUCGCAGCCCAUAGAUAUCUCUCUGAUUCGAAGAAAGGUGGGGUGAUCAUAAAUACCUCGGGAAUCUUCGGGUUGGUACCACUGCCUGGAUCUCCAACAGUGUCUGCUGCCCAACAUGGCAUUAUUGGUUUGUCCAAGAGUUUCGGGACGGACUGCAUGUUCAAACACAGUAACGUGAGGGUUAUAGCACUCUGCCCGGGGAUAACCCAAACAAAAUUGUUCCAUAAUGCUCACAAACGUGCCCUUACCCCUCACAUGGGAGAAUGUCUUCAGAAAAAAAUUGGGGAGAUGAAAAAGCAGAGGCCAGAAGCUUGCGGCAAUGCUAUAGUUUGGUUGCUACGUUACGGCCAUUCUGGAUCAGUAUGGUUGAUCAAUGGCGGUGAAAUGUAUAAAAUGAAAUGUGAAGUUCUGAAUUGUUGUAGUGAAUUGUACAUUCAAUUUGCAGCAUAAAUAUAAAUAUUGACCCAAA